GGCCAGUGAUACUGCUGGUCUGUCUGGUCUGCUCAUUCCUUGGGAAUGGGACUCCGCCCCUUCCCUGAUCCCCAGCCACAGGCUAGGGGUCCCUGCUCUGGCGGUGGCGGGCGGUGGGGGGGUCACUGGCCUGUGCAGGUGCUGCGGGCUCACUGUGUGACCUUGGGCAGAGCACUUAACCUUCCUCUGUGGAGCCCAGCCUGCCUCCUGGGUGGGGCUGUGGCGGGGGGUGUCGCAGCUGUGCGGGUUCUGAGUGUGUGUCACCCUGUGGGGUUAGAUCUCUCAGACACCAGCUUGGUCACUGGGUCGUCUGUGCAGAGGGAGUUGUGCAAUGGGAGGGGUCAGCGCUGACAAAAAGCACCAGGGAGGACCAUGCUGAAGAACCCCAUUCGGGAGAGUGGCAGCCUCCUUCUCUAGAAAACAUCUCCGUCUCUGCCCUGCUGGGGGGCCAGUACUGACUGCACCUGCUAGAAAACUGCCUCCUGGGACUGCACAGGGUGUGCCCUUCACCCCACGACUUCAGUCCCAUCUCUGCUGGACUUCUUCCUGCAUGGACCCCUCUGUGUCCCUGGUUGGGGCUGUCCCAGUCACCUGGGAUCAUCAUCGGCCCUGGGGCAGUGCCUAGCACAGCCUGUGACCCAUACACUCGGAGGCUAGCGGCCAGUCUUGGCCAAGGGCAAGGCCACGGUAGGUGAGCAGUGACUGAAUGCUCAGUGUGUUUCUACAGGCAACAUCACCCUGGUGGGGCAGGGCAGGAACAGGAGGCUUGGAGACGCCGGACACUUGCCUCAGGCCUCAGGUUCUCUCUGCCCACACUGUCUCUUUCCUCUUUUCUAUGCCCCAAACGAGGAACAGUGGCCCUGGGAACAUGAUGACCAUCUUUUGAGCACAGUCUGAAAGCAGCAAGCAUGUUGAAGGGGCCUAGCAGUGGGCAGGCAGCUAGCUGAGUGGUCAGAGGGAAUCUCCAGGCCCAGGGCUAGGGCGGACCUCGGGCUUUACUUACCUCUCCUGGCACCCCUGGCUCAGCAGGUCCCUGAGUAAACUUGGCCUAGGACCAGGCUGGCCUCCUUCUGCAAAUUGGGCGGAUGUGUCCAGGACAUGCCCCUGGGGCUGCCUCUCGGGGGCCAGAUCUCCAGCAGGACAGGCUGGAGGGCCUGCUGGAGCCUGGGUGACGCUGGUAGGGACGCUGUGAGGGACAGUACCUGACUGCCUGCACUCCACGGGCCCCAUACAGGUUCACUGCGGGUGGGAAGGGCUGGAAGCACGGUCCUUGGAGGGGUGGAGGAAGAAGGGUGGUCCCCUUUCAUCAGGAGCCUGGAAAAGGAUGGCUAUGGUCAGGGCCUGUCUGCCAGGGGCUGGGGUGGGAGUGAGUUGUCUCUUGUGGAAACAUAGAUCCCCCCACCUCCUUCUUGCUGGGUUACACCAUAACCUUUGGCCUGCAGCCCUACUUCCUCCUGAGAAACAAAAGACUUUUUGAGAACCCAGCUCCCUCCCUCCCCCUCCAACGCCCCCUCCCUUGCCAAGUGGACCCUUGCAGACAAGUGUUCUGUUCAGGGGCAGACCGCUCCCCAUGCUCCGUCAACACCAGUCAACAGCCGCCGGCAGGCCCGUGCACGCGGGGGCACCCAGGGCAAGGGAGGAAGUGGUAUGUGUCUGGGAUCCCGCUGAUCCCCUGUAGGGGCCCGCGGCCCUGCUCAGGAGACGCUGGCAGCGUGUGUGAGUGACCCAACCGUGCUUGGGACUUGUGCUCACUCACGGCUUUCGUUUUCUCUGGGUGACAAGUGCCAGGGAGAGCCGUGACCUUGGUGGGGGUGCGGCCGAUUCGUAGGUCCCAGGAACCCUGUGACUCCGUGCACGAAUGUGGGCUGGUCAGGCAAGUGGGAGGGGGCGCCCAGAGAGGACGGUGGAGGUCACCGCCAAGCCAGCGUCCGGGUCCCCACCCUCAUACGAGGUCCUGGUAGGGGACGUAACGCGAUGAACCCUUUCGGAGGCCACCAGUUAGCGAGCGGCGCAGGGACUGUGUGCAGCACCCACGGGCAGGGGGCGAGCUCGCUCCGCGCUGCGCGUGCGCCAGGGCCGGUCUGAGAGGCCCUGCAGUUCCCCGAGGCUCCGCCAGGGGCGCAGCAGCGGCACCUCCGACGGCGAGGGCUGAUCCAGCCCCCUCCAGGGACCCCGUGACCCAGCGGUGCUCAGUGGUGAGGGCCGGCGUCCUCCAGCCCGCUCGGCCACGCCGGCCCAGCCUGCCAGUACCCGGAACACAGGCGGAGCUGGUCAUCAGGAACAAGGCCCUGGGUUCUGGCCAGCCAGGCCCCCGAAAGUCUUUCCUCUCCAGUCUCGUCCAAGAAGGAUGAAUAGCAAAUCCGGCAUCUGAAGCGGAACAACCCCACACAAAUCAAGGACAGCUGGGCCUGCCCUCGGCCGCAGCCCCCUCCUCUCGGCCCCCCUCGCAGGCUCCAGGACCCCCGCAGACUGCGGGAGUCGGGCGAGGGGGUAAGGGUGUGGUUCUAGCGAAGGGAGUUCUGGAAGCCCCGCAUGUGUGAAAUCUCCCCCAGCUGUCCCCCGUGGAGGGAGGGACCGCACGGUGUUAGGGAUCACUUUCCAGAGUGGGGCAGCUGCUGACGCACCCUGCUUGUGGGGGCCCACGCUGGGGGUGCCCGCCCUGGGGAGGGGACAGUCUGCGAAAGAGGAAGAGAGGAGCCCGGGGGCGGGGCGCACACAUAGACUCCGUCACUCACAUUCUCACUCACAGCCAGGCCACUCAGUCACUCGACAAACAUUCAUGAGUGCUCACCGUGGUCAAGACUGACCCCAUCCCUGCCCUUGCCGUGCUCACGGGGAGGUGGAGACAGAUGGGGACCAAAAUCACCCACCAAGGGAGUAAUUACAGUCAGUGGAGGGGACUCAGAUAUAGCUGGGCAGCUGGGUCAUGGGUCUGUGAGGCCAGGCUGGGCCUUCCUCUUGCCAUGACCUCGCUCCCCAGGCCUCUUCCCUGGACUCGCCCCUGUGUCCCCCUCUGCUCUGACCUUCCCUGUCGUCUCCUCCAGGGACGGCGUUUACUAGCAGGCCGCAGCUCCGGCCACUCUUCCCCAGUGCUGCCUCCUCCCAGCCAGCUAGCACACCAGACCUGACUACCUCAAUGUCUGAUGGUUGGCCUAAGGAGGAUGGACAGACGGACCUCUGCCUGGCCAUCCUGCCUGGGCAGGGGGUCCAGUCUCGGCAAGGGGGGAUUGAGCCAUGUUGGACCCUGAAGGCCAAGGGGCCCUCCCGGGAGAUCCAGCUGGCAGAGAAGCGGGCUGAUGCAUUUCUUCUUCGCAGUGGAGGUGAGACCAGACAGGGCGGGAGGUGAGCGAGCCUCUCAGGGUGCAGGGACAGCUACAGGACCGGUGCUCCCAUGGCCUGGUUUCUUUCGACUCACUUCCUGCCAUGUGGCUCAGAGCGGGGGAUCCACUGUGUCUAGACCACACAGAGAGGUGCCAGUGGAGAGCUGGGGCUGGACCCUGAUGGCAAGGUAGGGCAGAGGCAGAUCGGAGGGGCCACUCUGACAUCCUGGGCAGGAGGGAAGGCGGCAACCGCCAUGUGUGAGGAGGCUUGCCUGACCAUCACUUCCUCCAGAAAGUCUUCCCUGACCUCUUCCUCCAUUCACAUCCUUCCACUAGCUGGCCAUCGUCAAGUGCCUAUUUGGUGCCAGUCUCUGUUAGGUGCUAGGGACCCCCCCGAUGAGCAAAUGUCCCAAGGCUGCCUUCCUGGGUAUCCCCAGAUUUGCCCCCACCUGUCACUUGAUGGAUGGUGGCUGGAGGGAGGGGCUCAGCUAGGAAAUUAUCCUUGUCCCCGGACUCCAUUCCCCAGCCCCCAGCAUGUCCUGCUGUCGUUGAUAAGUUGCUUCUGGAAAAUCCUCAAGCAGGUGUGUGUGUCAGGGGUUGGGGGGCUGAGGAAAAGCCAUUCUCAGUAGGAGGAACAGCAUGAGCCAAGGCUGGGAGGAGGAAGCCACUCUCCCUGGGCCAGGGCCGGGAGACGGAGGGGCCGCCAGGGUCGAAUGCUGGAAUGGAGCCCUGAGAGGGGCCUGCUGAGACUGAGUGGGUGCUCCAGGUGGAGCAGGGCCCCACCCAGGACAGGUCUAAGGAGAACCAGUCUGUCUGGAACAGAUCCCCUUUUAAGCUAGACCAGAAGAAGAACUUCCUGUGACCCUGUGUGUAUCAACAUGCACCCCAGACAGUACUGUGCCAACGACCCGCCUACAGGGCUCCUGGCUGAGUCUUGUCCUGACAAGCAGGUGCAGGCCUGUGUCUGGGAUCCGGGCUGGGGCCCUGAUCAGCGGCCUUCAUGCCACUGGCUCUGCAGAGCCCCCUUAGUUCAGGGCUGCCUCUAGGUGGGAGACCUGGAAAUGCCUGUGGGUCACAGAGGCCCCUGGCCUUUGGAGAGGCCCCAGGUUUCUGGGACUUGCCCAGAUGCCAUUGGUCCCAGGAACAAGCAGAACCCAGGGCAGUGGCCUCUGAGCAGCUAGUGAGAGGUCGGCCUCUCCUAGGAGCCCAUGCCCAUGGGGCACCAAGCUUCAGUGAGGAAGCCCUGGGCAGAGACAUAGAGACGACACCAUUCCUUUUCCGUCUCUCCCUGGGACUGUUGCUCCCGGAGCCCUUUCCUUCUCUGCUUUCCUUGUGCUGUGUGGGGGGUUCAGUGAACCUGGGGCUGCAUAAACUCCCCACAGAGUGUCCAGCGCCCAGCAGGUCCCAUAACUGUGAGUGGCCCCUGGCCCCUGAAUGUCACUGCACCUCAGCAGGAGCUCCUAAGAUAGAACCCGGGCUCCUCCUUCCGGUCUCCCGUCCCACCUCUCCAGAAUCUUCUCAUCUACAGGAGCCACGUUGCCAGCAUUAGAGAUGGGUCCCUGACAUCCCAGGGCAACGCCAGGUGGACUGGGCUGCAGAGACAGACGGUGUGACAUGGUAGAAAGGGUCAGGAGACAGAUCUGAAUGGGGCCUUGGGACAGACGCCUGUCCUCCCUGAGCCUGCUUCCCAGGACCCUAAAAUGGUAAUCGUAUUGGACAACCGUCUCCGGCCGCCAGGGUUGGGACCCUGAUGAAUGGCAAGCCAACUGUCAGGAAAGCGCGCCCCAUUCUCCCCUCAGACUUCCCUCAACAUUCCCGGGAACGCCGUGGCGCAGUAGGGCCCGGGGCCACACUCACCCGCGCACCUGCUGCUACGCCCUUGUCCGGAGGGACUGGGAUCGGCCUUCUAAGAGCCGGUCCUUCAUCUCAGUCCUGUCACUGCCCUGAGACCCGACCCGUCGCCGCAGCAUCCAGGAGCGCAAUGGUGAUGACCCCGAAGCCUCGCAGGCUGGAGCUCAGGUCUCCAAGAGGGCGCGACAGGUGCUACGAGCGCGGCCUCGCCUGGUACCGGAGCCUGAUGCCACGCACCCUGGACGGGCAGAUCACCCUGGAGAAGACCCCUAGCUACUUCGUGACUCGGGAGGCCCCCGGCCGCAUCCACGGCAUGUCCCCGGCCACGAAGCUGAUCGUGGUGGUGCGGAACCCUGUGACACGGGCCAUCUCCGACUACGCCCAGACGCUCUCCAAGACCCCGGGCCUGCCCAGUUUCCGUGCCCUGGCCUUCCGCCACGGCCUGGGCCCCGUGGACACGGCCUGGAGCGCCGUACGCAUCGGCCUGUACGCCCAGCACCUGACCAACUGGCUGCGGCUCUUUCCCCUGUCCCGCUUCCUGUUCGUCAGCGGGGAGCGCCUGGUCAGCGACCCGGCCGGGGAGGUGGGCCGCGUGCAGGACUUCCUGGGCCUCAAACGCGUGGUCACGGACAAGCACUUCUACUUCAACGCCACCAAGGGCUUCCCCUGCCUCAAGAAGGCCCAGGGGGGCAGCCGCCCCCGCUGCCUGGGCAAAUCCAAGGGCCGGCCCCACCCCCGCGUGCCCGAGGCUGUGGUCCGGCGCCUUCGGGACUUCUACCGGCCCUUCAACCGCAGGUUUUACCAGAUGACCGGCCAGGACUUUGGCUGGGACUGAGGAGGGCGGGCCAGCCCGUGCCCGGCCCGGGGACCCUCGCUCACCUUAAUUUAUGCCGGCCGCCGGGCCGUGGAGCCUGCAGACAGAUGAUGGGUAGGGAAAAGUAUUUAAGGAAUAAAGCCUGGGUCUGUGUUCUUCCACAUAA